GAGUCGAUUAUUAGCCUGCUAGUCCAACUAACCCACUCUUUCUCGAUUGCGGCAUUUACAUUCAUUCAUUGGGUUGUUUGUUGGUUCCGUGAAUAGCAAAAAAAAGGUUAAAAACUUAGAAAAUGAAUGCCCCACCGACAUUCGAAUCGUUUUUAUUGUACGAGGGCGAAAAAAAGAUAAUCAAAGAAUUGGAUACGAAAGUUACCAAUGCCGCCAUAUUCACUGUCAACAAAGAAGAUCAUACUCUUGGAAAUUUGAUAAGGAACCAAUUGCUUAAGGAUCCUAAUGUAUUAUUUGCGGGCUACAAAGUGCCACAUCCCUUGGAGCAUAAAUUCGUUAUUCGCAUCCAAACUACGGCUGACUAUUCACCACAAGAAGCUUUUAUGAAUGCUAUUACAGAUCUCUUGGCUGAACUUUCUUUGUUCGAAGAAAGAUUUAAGGAUGCUAUUAAGGAAAAAAAGGAUGGUGGAGAUUAGUUCUACGGAUUAUAUUUUUUAAUAGUUUUUUUUUUUUUUAAUAAAAAGUAUACUUUAAGCAUA